UGCACCCACAGCUUACACAGCAGAGCCGCCAGUUAAUUUGGCUCUCCUUUCGCGUUGUAGUCUUCAGGUGUGUGUAUUUUAGUUGCCGCGGCGUGUGCGCAGGAUGGUUGGUGCUGUGCAGGAAGGUAUAGUUCGCGAGAUGAACGGGUUUGACACGAAUGGGUACGACAAGGCGGCCGCGGCAAAGCAGCAGCAGAAGGGAGAUCACGAGGAGAUCAACAAGUGGUUCGAGGAGGAAAUCAACGACGACCUCAAGUUCUGCUUCGCCUUGAACAGUAUUCUGCACCAAGGGACAAGCAAGUUCCAGGAGAUUGCUCUUGUUGACACGAAGCAUUUUGGGAAGGCUUUGAUAAUCGACGGGAAGAUGCAGAGCUCGGAGGUGGAUGAGUUCAUCUACCACGAGUCACUGAUACACCCGCCGCUUCUCUUCCACCACAACCCAAAGACGGUGUUCAUCAUGGGGGGCGGCGAGGGCUCAGCGGCGAGGGAAGCGCUGAGGCACAGGACCGUGGAGAGUGUGGUCAUGUGCGACAUCGAUGAGGAGGUGGUGGGCUUCUGCCGCGCGUACCUGAGCGUGAACCGGGACGCCUUCGCCAGCGAUAAGCUCUGCCUCGUCAUCAACGACGCCAGGGCUGAGCUGGAGAAGAGCCGGGAGAAGUUCGACGUGAUAGUGGGAGACCUUGCGGAUCCUGUGGAGGGAGGCCCCUGCUACCAGCUCUACACCAAGUCCUUUUACGAGCUCGUUGUCAAGCCCAAGCUCCACGACCGCGGCAUUUUCGUCACGCAGGCUGGACCAGCCGGCGUUCUGACGCACAAGGAGGUCUUCUCGUCCAUCUACAACACCCUUAGGCAUGUCUUCAAGCAUGUCAAAGCCUACACUGCUCAUGUGCCAUCGUUUGCUGACACUUGGGGCUGGGUCAUGGCCUCAGAUCAUCCGUUCACCCUGACUGCCCAGCAGAUCGACGAGAGGAUCAAGGACAGGAUCCACGGGGAGCUGGAGUACCUGAGCGGGGACUUCCUGAUAUCUUCCACCACUCUGAACAAGAGUGUCCGCCUCUCGUCGGCUGUUGAAUGAGACGCACGUGUACACGGAGGACGAUGCGAGGUUCGUCCACGGACACGGGAUCGACGGCGCCUUGUACUUGACUGAAACCACCGGGACACGAGCAGAGCAAUGAAUGGAAAUUGUGAUAUGAUGAUCGACAUAAAACUUGUGAAGAAGUGGUUUUCGUGUUUUUAUUUCCUGUGAGAACGUUGACAACAAAAAGAAAUUCAAACGAAUAAAUUUGAUAUAUAUUUUAUGCGAAUUUCAUCA